GUAUCAUAUGUGAUCUGAAUACAGAUCAAAACAUACAUAAGUACGUAUGUGAAGUGCAAAAAUGGCUAAUCGUGUGGAAUUAGGUUUAAGACAAGUAAAACCAAUUUUGUCACUAAGUCAUAUAGAUGCUCAUAGAAGAGUAAUAACAUUAUAUAAAACAUGGUAUCGCCAAAUUCCAUUUAUCUUGUCAAACUAUGAUCUUCCGGUAACAAAAGAAGAUUGUGUAGCAAAGUUACGGGAAGAAUUUAAACGUCAUGCCAAUGUAAAGGAUGUAAGAGUGAUCGAUAUAUUACUUAUUAAGGGACAAAUGGAACUUCAAGAAACUUGCGCUCAAUGGAAACCAGCUGCAAUAUUAAUGAAUUAUUGGAAAGUAACUCAGGAACCAAAGCCAAAGGACUUCUUAUCCAAGUUCAUUUCGGGUCAUGAUUAAAAUAUUUAAUUGUACAAUAUAUAAGUUAUUGUAGUAUAAUUAAAUGUAUACAAUUUUUGAGCUAUAUAAAAAGAAUGUAUAUGAUAUUUCAGUAUGUAGUAUUGUUAUUAUUUGAGAAAUAAAUAUGUUAGAAA